AACAGUUUCAGAGACAUAUGGAUUGGUUCAUAAUAAAAGAGAGUUGCUACUUAUUUAAGAAUGGCAAUGCUAUGUUUCAGUACUGCUGCCUAUAAUCACUGGAAAUAUAUCCUCUUCAGUAUGUGAGGAGAUAUCUUCUACAGAGUGGUCAGAUAAAUCAGUUCACCCUUGGCUGUAACAAAAUGCUGUCUAGUGACUUGUGACAGACAGGGCUUUAACCUCUGACAGCUAGAUUCAUUGUUGGUACAACAGCCAAUCAUCGGUUUUGACGACACAAGUCUUACCAAAGUUGGAGUAUAAAAGCCCUCUUGGAAAAUAUAUGAUUCACCAUUGUGGCAAGUUGUUUCUCGGAUUAUACUUGCCUUUAGGGAUCUAUCUAGUACUGAGAGAAAAAAAAAAUAAGAAAGCAAGGAAGGGAAAAGGCUGCACUGAAUGUGAGAUCAUGCAAAAGCUACAAAUCUGUGUUUAUAUUUACCUGUUCAUGCUGAUUAUACUUGGUCCAGUGGCUCUUAAUGACAGUAGUCAGCCAAAAAAGAAUGGAGAAAAAGAUGAACUAUGCAUUGCAUGUACAUGGAGGCAAAAUACGAAAUCUUCCAGAAUAGAAGCCAUAAAAAUUCAAAUCCUCAGCAAACUUCGUCUGGAACAAGCUCCUAAUAUUAGCAGGGAUACUAUAAAGCAGCUUUUACCCAAAGCUCCUCCAUUGCAAGAACUGAUUGAUCAGUAUGACGUCCAGAGAGAUGACAGCAGUGAUGGUUCUUUGGAAGAUGAUGAUUAUCAUGCUACAACUGAGACUAUUAUUACAAUGCCUACAGAGUCUGAUUUUCUUGUGCAAAUGGAGGGGAAACCAAAAUGCUGCUUCUUUAAGUUUAGCUCUAAAAUACAAUAUAAUAAAGUAGUAAAGGCCCAGUUGUGGAUUUACUUGAGGCAAGUCCAGAAACCUACAACAGUAUUCGUGCAGAUCCUGAGACUCAUCAGACCCAUGAAAGACGGUACAAGAUAUACUGGAAUUCGAUCUUUGAAACUUGACAUGAACCCAGGCACUGGUAUUUGGCAGAGUAUUGAUGUAAAGACAGUGUUACAAAAUUGGCUCAAACAACCCGAAUCCAACUUAGGCAUUGAAAUCAAAGCUUUUGAUGAGAAUGGACGAGAUCUUGCUGUAACUUUCCCAGGACCAGGUGAAGAUGGACUGAAUCCAUUUUUAGAGGUCAGGGUUACAGACACACCAAAAAGAUCCCGUAGGGAUUUUGGCCUUGACUGUGAUGAACAUUCAACAGAAUCCCGAUGCUGUCGCUACCCACUGACUGUGGAUUUUGAAGCUUUUGGAUGGGACUGGAUUAUUGCGCCCAAGAGAUACAAAGCCAAUUACUGCUCUGGAGAAUGUGAAUUUGUAUUUUUACAGAAAUAUCCACACACUCAUCUUGUCCACCAAGCAAACCCUAGAGGUUCAGCAGGCCCCUGCUGCACACCUACCAAGAUGUCGCCAAUAAACAUGCUGUAUUUCAAUGGAAAAGAACAAAUAAUAUAUGGAAAGAUACCAGCCAUGGUAGUAGAUCGUUGUGGGUGCUCAUGAGCUCUUUGCUAGAUCCAUUACUUCAUAAAACAUGGAAUCUACCAAAAAAAGUUCUGUCCCCUCUGCAGUUUUGCAAACUGUGAAUUUAUGUACGAUAGGCUAUAGCCUACAUCCAACAGGCUAUACAAAAGGGUACUGUAUGGUAAAUAUUCAGUACAACAUAAGCUACAGAAUGUGAACUUAAAGACAAUAUAUGCAAUGGCUGGUUUUUAAACCAGUGAAAAAGAUAAGCUACAAUCAAAAUCACCGGAUUUCUCAAUGAAUUUCUUAUACUAUAAGGGAAUCAGUUUUCAGUUAUUCAGAUACCAAAUUCAUAUACAGGUUUCAACAUAUACAAGUAGACAAAAGCAACCUCCUUGUCCUCCAGGGAACGAAUUUCAUCACAGUUUCAUUUAGUAUUGUAUUUAAAAAAUAUAUACUGGUACAUUUAGGAUUGUCACAAUACCACCAUCUGAAUUGUCCUUAAACACUUGAAUUUUUAGUGCAGAAACACAAAAUUGAUAAGAUGAAAUUCCACAAAAACAGAUAAAUUCAGAAAUUUGGGAUGGCAUAGUGUAUGCAUACUGUUUCCAUUCCUUUUAUGAUUAGUCUGUUAGUAAUCAAUAUCAAUGGUGCUAUCACAGUAGGCUGAAUAAAAAUAAAAGCAGUUAUCAAGCUGAAAGAACACAGUACAAUAAUGAAUUCCCCCUCUCCUCAGGUACAGUAAUAUUCCACAUUCAUAUGAAAUAGGUAUUUUUUAAAUUUAAAGGUGAAUCAUUUUCUUGAUCUAGUGAUAUCCUCAGAGAGAAUGCACUGCAGUAAGACAAAAGGCAGUGGAGGAAAAAAAAAUAAAAUAUGAAUAUCAUAAUCCCAAAUUAUAACCUGCCUUUGCAACGUUACAGUUUGCACUUUGGUAAACCAAUGCAAAUAAUUGGUUGCUACAAAUAUUGUAAAAAUAUAUAC